AAAUGUCAAAAAAUCUGUAUAUAAACGACUAUUUUGGAUGGCAUUAGUUAGAUUUGCUUCGCACUCUGUCAGCAUACAUAUCCUUAUCAUUCAACAUGAAGUUCGUGAUUGUUCUUGCCUGCCUUUUGGCCCUCGCCUAUGCCAACGAAGAGGCUGAUGUCCUGAAGAGCGACUCCGAGGUGAACGUGGAGGACUUCAAGUAUGCCUAUGAGCUCUCCAACCACAUCAAGGCUGUCCAGUCUGGUGUGCUGAAGGAACAUGACAACUGGGUGGUUUCUGGAGAAUACGAGUAUGUGGCUCCCAACGGCCAGCUGGUCAAGGUUGUCUACACUGCUGAUGAGACCGGCUAUCACCCAAAGGUUGUCGAGGCAUAAGCUCUUAACCAAUUCAUUCCCAAAAUAAAAUCAAACGUAUAGCAGAAAA